UAGAGGAAUAACCCUAAUCCCAACAAUGACGACCUUAACCCCCACCCAGCCCUAACCUUAACUUUAAGUAACCAAACAAAAUACAAGACUUAUUACAGGUUUUUAUCAGAUUUGAAAUUUGGUCCCCACAACGUAAUAUAUACAUAACAUGCACACAGACACACACGUACACUUACACAAACAGACACACACACAGACACAGAUAGACACACAGACACACACACACUCCAGCUGAGACUGCUGACAAGUAUGCAGAACCCACACUGACACAUAUCAUUGAACGGCAGCAUUUUUCCGAAAAACACAUAAAUAACUAAACCAAAUGAUGAUGGGAGUAAAUGAACAAGCAGCAGAGUUGUGUGUGUUCAGUGUGCAUCAGGAUCAGUGCCGAGGUAAUCACUGCGGGCUCCUAGAGGGUGGCACGGCCCUAAGAGGCGCCCAGGAUCAGUGCCGAGGUAAUCACUGCGGGCUCUUAGAGGGUGGCACGGCCCUAAGAGGCGCCCAGGAUCAGUGCCGAGGUAAUCACUGCGGGCUCCUAGAGGGUGGCACGGCCCUAAGAGGCGCCCAGGAUCAGUGCCGAGGUAAUCACUGCGGGCUCUUAGAGGGUGGCACGGACCUAAGAGGCGCCCAGGAUCAGUGCCGAGGUAAUCACUGCGGGCUCUUAGAGGGUGGCACGGGCCUAAGAGGCGCCCAGGAUCAGUGCCGAGGUAAUCACUGCGGGCUCCUAGAGGGUGGCACGGCCCUAAGAGGCGCCCAGGAUCAGUGCCGAGGUAAUCACUGCGGGCUCUUAGAGGGUGGCACGGACCUAAGAGGCGCCCAGGAUCAGUGCCGAGGUAAUCACUGCGGGCUCUUAGAGGGUGGCACGGCCCUAAGAGGCGCCCAGGAUCAGUGCCGAGGUAAUCACUGCGGGCUCUUAGAGGGUGGCACGGGCCUAAGAGGCGCCCAGGAUCAGUGCCGAGGUAAUCACUGCGGGCUCUUAGAGGGUGGCACGGGCCUAAGAGGCGCCCAGGAUCAGUGCCGAGGUAAUCACUGCGGGCUCCUAGAGGGUGGCACUGGCCUAAGAGGCGCCCAGGAUCAGUGCCGAGGUAAUCACUGCGGGCUCCUAGAGGGUGGCACGGGCCUAAGAGGCGCCCAGGAUCAGUGCCGAGGUAAUCACUGCAGGCUCUUAGAGGGUGGCAUGAGGCCUAAGAGGGGCCCAGGAUCAGUGCCGAGGUAAUCACUGCCGGGCUCUUAGAGGGUGGCACGGGCCUAAGAGGCGCCCAGGAUCAGUGCCGAGGUAAUCACUGCGGGCUCCUAGAGGGUGGCACGGGCCUAACAGACCUCCAGGAUCUGCCAUGCAGAGCAACCGGCAACCUAAGAAUUAGCAGGGACAGAUUGACCUGUGGCCAAGGUCAUUCAUACUGCUCUCAGCGAGCCCUGAAACGCCAGACCGCCUUACUCAUCAGCGAGCAGUAUGAUCCUGGCCAGCUGCCAUCCCCCCACGAUGCCCUCUGCCCAGCAGAGUGCCCCCAGGGGAGAGACUGUGUAACAGCAGGCAGGUGACAGCACCGUGACAGAGAGGCAGCACAAACAGAUCCCAGGCCUUAGCGGGCCACACUAAGCUAGCCCCCAGGCAGGGAGCAGAUCCAAUAACAGAUGAGGCGUUAUGGGAUGCCAGUCGGCCGGGAACCGCCCCAAGGCCGCGGUGUUCCGUCACUUAGGAAACCAUCCUGCCGGGGCCUUCAUAUGUGGCUGCCUGCGCCGUUUUAGCCAGAUAACGUGCGUUUGUUUGUUUUCCUGCUGCUUUGCGAUCUGUGAAGCGGCCUGUCUCUUGCUAAAUGCAUGCUGACACCUUGCAGCAUGUGCAGAGAAAAAGCAGGGGUCGUGCGCAUUGGAAAGGAGGGGGGACAUAAGUGUCCUGGCCGAUGGGAACCUCACCUUUGUGCUGCUCUCCGCUGCCUGCGCUGCUCUCUGCUGUCUGUGCUGCUGUCCAUUAUUUGUGCUGCUCUCCGCUGCCUGCGCUGCUCUCCGCUGCCUGCGCACUCUCCGCUGCCUGCACACUCUCCACUGUCUGUGCUGCUCUCCAAU